CGCCUACCGAACAGCAUCUCAACGCUGGAGUGUGACAGGAGGCCUCCGACGUCCCCCCCCAUCGAUUGCUUCCUCCAGUGUUCAGACUGGCAGAAGAAUCCGUCUGGGACACAUCAGCCUGUGACCCGAACCUGAUCGCCAACCAACCCAUCCAUCCAUCCAUCCAUACAUCCACCCAGCCAUCCAUCUUCUCUGUUCCAGUGCUCCGCUCCGGAUCAGCAAACUCUUCUGCACCAUUCGUUCCACACACUGAAGUAGGUGGACAGCUCCAUGGACCAGUCAUCAUGAGACUUUGCAACACCUCUGUGUCCUCACUCCUCCCCCUCCUUCAGUCCCCGCCCCUCCCUCGGCUCCACCACUGCUGCCUGUCAACCCUCUUAGCCAGUGGCAGGGCAGCAUCGUGCAGACGCCUCAGCACAGAUGGACCCGCCCCACAGCAUGUGAUUGGACAGGACUCGGUGGAGGUGUUGGGCAGCUCUUAUCCUCGCGAUGACUUCACCAAUGUCACACCAAAGAUCUUGGCCAAAGUUGGACGUAACCUCCACAACCAAUCUCAUCAUCCUUUAUGGCUGAUUAAGGAACGUAUCAAAGCUCACUUCUACAGUGCCUACAUUGGUCGCUGGGGCAACCCACUUUUCUCUGUCCAUGACAACCUGAGCCCGGUGGUUACUGUGGAGCAAAACUUUGACAGCCUGCUGAUCCCGCCUGGCCAUCCCAGCAGGAAGCGAGGAGAUAACUACUACCUGAACAGGAAAACGGUGCUCCGUGCCCACACCUCCGCCCACCAGAGGGAGCUGGUGAGCUCCGGCUUGGAUGCCUUCUUACUGGCUGGAGAUGUUUACAGGCGUGAUGAGAUCGAUGCCAGUCACUACCCCGUCUUCCACCAGAUGGAGGGAGUCCGACUCUUCUCCAACCACGAGCCACCCUGGCAGCGGAGCUUGGUUGCGCAGGGGAGGCGCUGUCGUUGCUGCAUCUGCGGAGUCACCAGUGCUAUUCCCAGCUCCUCCAGGAACAAGUGGCGCCUGUGCAGUUUACCCUGCAUCCAGGUUGUCCACAACACCUCUGCUUUCAAUUCCUUUGUGCUGUGGAUGGCUGUGGAUCCAACCUGGAUGCAGGGUAAACUGCACAAGCGCCACUUGUUCCUGGAGGAGCUGGGAAUAGCACUGGUGACUCCGCAGAUGCAGCAACGACAGCGCCUCCCCCACGCAACCAAGCUCCGCUGCCAGGGUGGCCGAAUCACGAGGGCCACAGCGAGGUAA